CGACAACUACGCCACCGAACCUUUGCUCCUCCCUGCUCCGCUGGUGAUAACGGGAAUGAUCUAAAACCUCAAACCAGAAACUCAGAAUUAAGAGAAAAAGUAAUGGCGGCAGCAAUAAUGGACUGCACAAACUGGGAUGAAGACGUCUACAGAGACUCCAUUUUGCAGCACCGGGAAACUCUUUGUCGGACCGUUUUCCGAACCGCCUUCGCCCCAAACCCUGGUAAUUCUAACUUAAAUCCUGACGUCAUCGUCACGGCCUGCAGCGACGGCUCCAUCGCCUCUUACUCCAUCUCUUCUUGCCUCGGUUUGGGUUUUGGGAAUGCUAGAGCUGCUCACAAUUUGUUGGUAGCGGAACCUAAUUUUUUGAUCCAAGGACAUGAAGGCCCUGCUUAUGAUGUUAAAUUUUACGGCCAUGGCGAGGAUUCUUUAUUACUAAGUUGCGGGGAUGAUGGUCGAAUUCGAGGGUGGAAAUGGAAAGAAAUAGCAGAUUUUGAUGUGCCCGGCAAGGUGGUCUGGGGAAAUAUGCAGCCAGUUAUUGACUUCGUUAAUCCUCAGCACAAAGGUCCGUGGAGCGCACUUUCUCCAAUCCCAGAGAACAAUGCUGUUGCUGUUGACACUCAGAAUGGAUCUAUUUUUGCCGCUGCUGGUGACUCUUGUGCAUAUUGCUGGGAUUUGGAGAAGUCUAAAAUCAAAACAGUUUUCAGGGGUCACUCCGGCUAUCUGCAUUGCAUUGUUGCCCAAAGCUCUCACAGUCAGAUAAUCACUGGCUCAGAGGGGCAAUACGAAUAUGGGACUGCAAAAAGUGGGAAGUGUGUAGAAAGAAUUAAUCCAGGGAAGGAUAAGUCUUUGAAAGACGCCUCUCCAGAUAUCAGUUGCAUUGCUCUCGAUGAUAGUGAGAGCUGGUUGGCUUGUGGGAGUGGUAGGUCAUUAUCUCUUUGGAAUCUUCUUGCUUGCGAGUGUGUGUCAAGGAUGAGCACAAAUGCUUCUGUACAGGAUGUUUCAUUUGACAAUAACCAAAUAUUAGCAGUUGGAACAGAACCAGUGGUCAGCCGGUUUGACAUGAAUGGAGAUACUAUUUCCAAGAUACAAUGUGCUCCACAGUCUUCAUUUUCUGUCUCUUUACAUUCUUCUGGGGUUGUCGCUGUGGCUGGUUAUGGAGCAUUAGUGGAUAUCAUCUCGCAGUUUGGGAGCCACUUGUGUACAUUCCGGUGCAGAGGGCUUUAGACGGCAUUAGUCAAAGCUAAGUAGCGUGCACUGAUGACUUCCCAAUAUGUUGUGAAAAGUCUUAUUUCUAUCACAUCCUUGCUGUCUGAGAGGACAAGGAUCUGAGGAACAAAUGAUGAAAUGCUCGCUUCCGUGGAUGUGGAACUUGUGACUAUCAGAAAAUAUUGGAAGCCAAAUGGGGAAUGACGUUGAGAAAAUUUUGGGCUUCUAGCAUUUCCUUCAUUACUUCUUGAUUCUUACUCUGCCGUAAUAGCACCUCUUUAGAUGUUACAGUAAAUAAUUUGAUUACUCAGAAAGAAAUUUGGGAAUAACAGAAAACUGGAUGGUGAAAAAGAAAAA